CAAUUCAUCCACCUUCCUUUCACUCCACCACCACUAGCCGCCCUCCUCACCUCUCCUCUCCUCUCCUUCCCUUCCCCAUCUCACCUCUCCAUCCCCUGUUUUCUCAGCUCCUCUCCAAUCCUCCCCUCUCCUCUUCUUUCCCCACUAUGUGGGCACUAGUUAUGCUCCUAUGGAUUCUUAAGAUCAGUCAUUUGUGCUUUGGACAAGACUACGUGGACUAUUACCAAGCUGGAAACAUGGGCACUGAGGCUCCGGUGUUGUCAGACGAUCAGCCCCAGUUGGAGACAGUGACCGAUGUGGAUCAACUACUGCAGCUCUUAUACCCCGAGUACAGGGUGCUUCAGCAAUGCCUGAGGAAGAAAUCAUGGCACGCCACCUCCUCCUCCUCCUCCUCCUCUUCUUCCUCUCCUUCUUCUACCUCUUCGUCCUUUCCUCCACCCCACCACUCGAACGAUGACGACCUGUGGGGUCGGCCGAGGGAGGUGGCUCUGUUCAAAGCUGACGGGACACUGGCAGUCAUUCUAGAAGAGAUCCAGCAAACGGCAUGUCGGCCCAGAGAGGUGUGCGUCGAGGUCGCCAAAGAAUACCCAGAAGCCACCAGUCAAUUCUACCUCCCUCGCUGUGUGUCGCUGCAUCGCUGCGGCGGAUGCUGCAACAACGAGGCUUUUUAUUGCACUAACACAAGUCACACGCUCGUCAACAAGACAUUGAUGGAGCUGUCCCCGCCCAGGAUGGAUCGCACUGUUGUCAUGGUAACCUUCGUCAACCACACCUCCUGCGAGUGCCUGUCCAAACGGCCGCUCCACUCCAUUAUAAGGCGAGCUGCAACAGAUCACUUGUGUUCUCCUCCCCAAGUUCCCUGUGCUUCAGGGCUAUUAUGGGACCCAGUCAACUGUGUGUGUGUCCCUAGUGACAGCAGUAACUACUCUGACAGCGAGAUCGAGGUUCUGGACUCGGGGCUGCUGGCUCUCUGUGGGCCCAACAGAGUUUUGGAGGAGUCAACCUGCGAGUGCGUCUGUCGCAACGGACUCACCGAGGCCAGCUGCGAUCCAGGCUGGAGACUGGACCACAACACCUGCGAAUGCCAGUGUGAGUUUCAAGGAGAAGGGAAGCGGUGUCCCCCAGGCCAGCGCUGGGACGUGGAGUUGUGUGGCUGUGUGUGUGAGGCACAGUGUCCCGGGAAUCAGCCCCUCAACCCUGACACCUGCCUGUGUGAGUGCAGAGAGAGUGCACAGUCCUGUCUGCGGCAAGGCAAGAGAUUCAACCGUAACACCUGCAGUUGUUACAGGUUGGCUUGCAGAAAGCCCAGACGGCUGUGUCAGAAUGGGUUUCAUUACAGCCAUCAAGUCUGCCAGUGCAUUCCCGACUACAUGCGGCCUCAGUGGAAUUAACCAAUCACAGGACGACGAAGAAGCAGAACUGGCUGUCAGCGGACUGCGAACUGGGAUUGUACUCGGAACAGCAAUUUUCUGGCUUUCAUCCCAAAGGCUAGAAACUCUUUGUCCCACCUGCCCAGUAAUGAGGAGGGGCAGGAGGGUGGAACUCCUCAUUCACGGGAGGGCAGGAGAGUGGAACGAGACAAUAACAUGUGGUAUAGGUGAGUGGAAUUGGAUUUCAACGGGCUGCAAGCAGCACAAGGGCGGGCUGAUGGCAACAAUGUCUGUGCUCUGACCCUCUUUGUGAAAGAAAGAAACUCUCUGACCCAGUUUCCCUAAGGGACUAUGCGAGAGGGGAGCUACCGUCUGAAAUCAAAGACCAAAAUGGCCAGGUGCGGCAUGGCGGGCUUAAGCACUGAAAUGACAGAAGACAGGCCCAAUCACAUAAUGAGACAAUUAGCUCAGACCAGUCACAAGGACAUGGUGCUGAAAAAUGACAAACAAAAGAGCGAUGACUGACAAUAAAACCUUACCGCCAAUGAAAACAACAUCAUGGAGUGACCUUAGCCAAGAGAGGAAGACAGAUAUCUGACUGUGGGACUCUUUGCAAAGAGGGAGAGCAGAGUGGACCAACCUGAUAGACCAGAAGCUUACUGAAAAAAGGACCACAGUAGGGAACUGGAGUUAUAAUGCGUGCGGGCAUGUCCUGGCUUUGUUCCCAAAGCUUAUUACAAAAGGCCUGACUGGAACGAACCAAUCACAGCAUGAGGGCAGACUGAAACAGGCUAGUGACAGACCCAAUUCCUAUGAUGCAGCCGGUGUCCAUAGCUGCUUUGACCACUACUGGGCCUUCAAUUUAGUUGUCUGAGGUGAAGAUGGUGAAAAAAAAAAAUCUUUUGGUAGCAUGUUCAGCCAUCAUUUGUGAGUCCAGCUUUCUGUGAACGGAGUGAUGUUUAGGACGAGUUUUGUAUUUUGUUUUGAUUUGUCGCUUCCUGCUCAGAAUAAAACCCAACACUCAAAUUUCAAUUUGGCAUAUAGGGCAAAAUCUACAGCAUCUCAAUUGAGGGAGGAUGAUAAGCUCAUCUAUGUCACAACUCUAAUUUGUGAUUUAGGCUGACAAUACGGGUGUGUUUGCAUAUGAAAAGCACGGAAAAUCUAAGAUUGUCCAUUCAGAUCAACUGUUUCCUGUGGUGGGAUGUGCGUACCAAGUAAUACCAGUCACACACCCACAAUCAACCUCAUUUCCCCAUAAAAAGUUUGAUUCUGAGUGUAGUGGGAUUUUACGUCAGAUCUUCUCAUGAAAUUCAACUACUCACAUUCUCCAGUCUGUAAAAUGCCUGUGUCACCUCUGUGUGUCAUGCAGGGCCAACAGACUCCAAUUUGUCACAGCAGAUGAUUAACUGGUUUAUUUUAGUAUCUAUCAGGAUACAGUUCUGGGUCUCCUCUUUAUUUCACAUUAUAUGCUCUCCUAAGUAAUAUUAAUUGAAAAUAUUUAUAAUUUUAAGCAUAUUUAAAACACUGAUACUUUAAGGACAAAAUCAUCUGUAGUUAUAAAAUAUUUAACAAUAGAUAUCAUAUGUUUUCCUAAAAUUAAAGGAGCAUUUUGGAAUGAAACCCUUCAUGACUUUUACUUAAGUCACUCGCUCGGUUCAGGUUUCAGUGUCUGUAAACUAGAGCGACUAUUACAAAUCAAAGAAAAGUGAAGGAGAACGGAUGCUGUUGUGCCGAUGUGUCUGUCCAUAUUUUUGUAAUAUCAGUGGUGAUUGGGAAUAAUUUUAGUUUUUGUUUCUGCUUUUAUACUAAAAUUGAUCUUAAUAAUUCUCCUGAACACUGGUCCUGUUCUUUAAACUAAAUAUUUUUUGUUCUUUUUUUUUUUUUAAUUACCAGUUUUUCCCAGAAACACCUGCAAUGUUUUUGCUGUGAUAACUCGCCACUGCUUAAUGGAUGUGGGGGAAAACAUGAUUUCAAAUACAUUUUUCUUUAUUUUUAUGCCAUUACCGAGUAUUUAAAAUAGUCCUGAUUGACUCAAAGUACUGAUUAAAAACCUUGACAGA